AAAAAUAUUUUAAAUAUAUAUAGUUUGAUCCGGUUCAAAAUUUAUAUACCCUAAGAUUGGCCGAAUUUUUUUAGUCCACAAUUUGUGAGACCGAAACCGAUUGGUAGAGUCUUUGGUUCAUUCUGGUCCGGACUAAAAAGUUGGUUCGGGUUGAUUUUUCCAAUCCGGACCGAAAACUACUAUACGCCCCUAAUUUGGGCUGAUCAACUCCACCACAUAUUUACAGCAAGGAAAAAUAUUUAUUCCAUUAGAAUAAUUGUAAAAAAAAUUAUAAAUUAAUAUGCCUUGAUUUAUUUCAUAGUAAAAUUAUUUUACGAUUAUAUUAAUAUUAUUAUGUUUGUAAUUGUUUUUAUAAUUUUAUUUUUUUUCCAGUUAGCAUUUCUCGAUUAGCGUCAAGAAAGAAAUGAAUAUUUGCUUAACAAAGAAAACUAGUAGAUAUGUUUUAUGGCAUAAAAACAAAAUAAAAAAAGGUUGCGUGCAUGUAUUUUUCUCAUUAGUUACGGCCGUAUAUUAACGGAGAAGGAAACUUGAAGAGGAAGCUUGAACAUGAAAGCUUAAAGAGGAAGCAAAGUUGGAUCUAGCAUUCGGAUACUGAUCGGAAACUGAUCACUCCGGUGAACUUCUCCGGCAGAUUACUUUUUGGCCGGCAAUCCAAUGGUGGUCAGACUUUGGUCAAGGAACACAAUGAUUAAAAACAUGUCCGAUGUCACAAUGAAAGUGGAUGUGAUGGUGCAUCCUGGCAACUUUCCAUCAGAGGCGAGUCCAAGUGUAAUCCCAGCUGGUGAGCACAGGUAUAUCUGCUAUGCGGAUAUUGGCAUUGAAUACAAUCCCGACCGUGACUUUGAAGUGCUCGCUUACUUUGAGGGUGCCCUGGAAAAGGAUAAGAUAAUCAUAUCGUCAUCCGAGAUAAGGGAUAAUGCGAUAAUUGAAUUGAACUACCUCAUGAACGGAACUGUCACCGCCCUUCCUAUUAAGGGAACGAUGAUUUCAAUGAAUGGAGCUGUUAUCGUCAUGAAAAGCACAGCGAGAAAGAUGAUCAAGUCAUUGUGGAAAUCGGAAGAUCAUUGAUGAUAGAAAAGUGGUGUUUGAUCUUGUCUCGUUUAGAUAGUGAGAUGAAAUGAAUUGAGAUAAUUUAUAACUAAUAAUGAAAUAAGAUUUCAUCUCACCGGUAUAUCUAAACGGGUGUAUUUAUGGUUGCAUUAUGUAUACUUUCUUCUUUUAUUUUAUUUGUUUGGUAUGUUGAAUAUGAUCAUGAUCAAGGUUUUUCUUUAUCCUUACCAAUAUUGCCAUGAUCUGCUAGCUAGCUGCUUGAUCUCUUAUACCUAAUAUAUAUCCAAAGG